AUGCCCACGUGCUGGAAUUGUUUGAAAGAGGUAACGAUUGAACAUUUCUUGGGAGGUGAAGCUCCAACCUGCCAAGAAGCAGAUCUAGGGGAGCCGGGGCCCGAAGUUCCGACAUCCGAGGAUCAGCCGUACUCUUCCAGAGCACAUCACCAACAUCAGCAACAUCCUCCACUGCGAUCAUUGUUGCCAGAAAACAACCUCCCCAACCGAACUGUAUCAUCAAGCUCGCGUUCACCUGCAAUCGAUAUCAUUCGUCGCGGCACCGUCCGUCGCAUCCAGUCAAUUGACCGUGCUCGCAAGGAGUCUGCAAUCAGUGACCGUCGCAGCAUCACUAGAAAUCGUACACCUCUAUCUGCUCCUACUUCCCAGCGCCCUCUUCGAAAGUUCUGGUCUGCAAGGAACCGCUGGCAACGAUUUCUGUCGCUGCCGCCGAUCCCAGAAGAAGAAGAAGAAAAGGAGGAGAAAAAGGAAGAGGAAGAAGAAGCCGAGGCCAGUGGAGAAGUGACCCCCACUCAACGCUCUAGCAGACGGCGUCCAAUUCCACCUCUGACACCGUGGCGGCGACUUUGCUUGAUCCAAGAUUACAGUGAUCGCGACGAGGAUUUACGCACCACCAUCAACCGACUAGAUGAUGCGAUAGCUUCAUCUCCAGAGCUGUGGACCCCAGGCACUUCCGAGAGAAUUGAUGGCCAACCCGCCCCCCCACAUCAAUUUUAUCGAAGGCUCCAUGAUAUGAAUGGUAGCAUGUCUUCCAGCAUUAUGGCUCCAUUACCCAUAGGACAUCAACAAGACCUGAAUUUCCUUUAUCGGCAAAUGCAGGAGCUGGGAGAGAUCCUGAAGAGUAAUCGUGAAAAGGUCAAUGGCAUUACACAAGCCGCUGAAGAAGUAAUGAACCGAACUAGUGCAAAUGGCAGCGAACAGGCAACGAGAGAAAUGAAUGGUGACGGCGGGGCAUCACAAAUCCGCAAACUGGAAAUGCAAUUACUCAAAGCCAACCGAGCGAUUGAACUCCUCAAAUCCGAACAAUCUAACAACACCGAGCUGAUCGGCAAAUAUGAAGACGCGCUCGGCACCUCGACCGAACAAAUCCGCAACUACUGCACCGAGAACAACAUGAACUACCUGGCCCAACGUCGACACUACAAUAACCUUCUCCAAGCCGAAAAGGAUGAACAUCUACAAUCCCGCCUUGACCGCGACUACUGGCAUGCGCAGACCCUGAAAGUGUGCGAGAUGCUCCGAACAGCUUACCGACUGAGGACGGAUGAGUGGGGAGAGGAGCUUAAGAUUGUUAGCGGAUUGCAGAACGAGGUCCGGGUGUUGAGGAAAGCGUUGGGGAUGGAUGUUGAGAAGGCUGAGGAUGAGACGGGGUGGCCGUAUCUGAAGGAUGCGCCGCUCCACCUGGAUAGCAUUGAUGAGAGCUGA